UAACGCAUUACUCCUUACGCUCAAGGACGCAGCAGCAGCCCACACACCCCACCGGCACUGACCUGUACCAGCGGCCAUGUCACGCGUGGAACAAUUGAAUACUACUGAAACAAGUGAACGAGGGGUUGCUGGCACUUCCCUUUCAUUUCCAUCCACCCUGGGCCAAGGAAAAAAGGGCAAGGAAAAAGGUAGGAAAGCGCUACACUACACUCCUAACGAGCACGAGUUUCCCUACACAGACGCAGAAAAGUGCGGCAGCCACAAGAGAGAGAGAGAGAAGGAGCGACAUAACGCUACUGGGCAUGAGUGUGUGCAAAAACGAGACACCCAACUGUGCGAGGGAAAGGCAGCAAAAUCCCGAGGGGGGAAAAACAAACGCCACUGAUAGGACGCACACUUCGAACGCGGGUGCACACCGGGCCUGCCUGUCUAGAAAACGGGCUCGGAAAAGGGAUCGGAAAGUGUGCGCACACCGAACGGGGCGGGAAAGGGAAAACGGUGGCAAAGCGUGAGCGAGAAAGGGAGAACGAAAGCGAGUCCUUUUUUUUUUGGUUUGCUGCCGGUGCCGGUUGGUGGUGUUAUAAAACUUUUCAACCCUGCCAGCCGGACGCGUAUUUGGUGUUCGUUACCGGUAGCGUACGGAACGGUGCGCGGAGCGCGUGUGUGUAUUUUUAGGUUUUCCACUCGAAGCUUACAGUUUGAAGAGUUUUCCCCGGGGCGCACCAAAGAAUGCGUCAGUCGGUGAGGAUAGUGUAAAUGACGAAUGAAGAAUAGUAAGCGAGCGUGUGCGCUUAUUUUGUGUGUGUGAUUGUGAAAGAGUGUUAGUAAAUAGAGUAAGCAACACUAAUUGUAGUGCCUAACAGUGACAUUAUGACCGUAUGAUCGUAGCCGUACAAAGUGUGUUCUCAGAGUGUCAGAGGUCCUUGUCGUGCUGUGUUCUAUCCUCGAAGAAGCUGUGCCCCACCGUACAGUAUGUCCUCGUACUGUGGGUUUGACGAUCGUUCGUUUGAAGACUUCGACGACUACACGUCGGAGGACAGUGGGUUCGAGAAGAGCUACGAAUCGUGCGCGGGAGACCUUUCGUUUGCCGGCUGUCUGCAGCCGGCACCGCGCAAGCUAAACUUCGAGCAUGUUGCCAUCGCGCCGCAGGUCGUCCCGGCUCCACCAGUGGGAGUGCCGCUAGAUAUGCUGCUCCCGGACCAGGACACGCUACCGCCAGCGAAAAAGCGUGGCCGACAGUCGCUCCGCGACAAGGCGACGAUGGCAGCCGGCAACAAACAGGACGCUGCCGGAUCGUUCUGUCCGUCGCUUGGCGUACAAACUUCCACCCCAGUGAAACCGGCCCCCGGCGGUGCGGAGGGCGAGAUGGAGCAAAAACCGAAGCGCAAGUACGCCAUGGGCAAGAGCCGCAUCACGCGCAACCGCAGCCCCACGCAGGUGAUGCGCAUCAAGCGGGUUCGUCGGCUGAAGGCGAACGAUCGCGAACGGAACCGGAUGCACACGCUGAACGAAGCGCUCGAGCGGUUGCGGCUAACGCUGCCCACCUUCCCGGAGGACACCAAGCUGACCAAGAUCGAGACGCUGCGGUUUGCGUACAACUACAUCUUCUCGCUGGUGCAGCUGCUCGAUCUCGACGGCUCGAUACAGCUCGACCUGGAGAAGCUGCAGAGUUUGACGCUGAGCGGGGAGCGCAUCAAUAAGGAGCUGUUUGACGCGAUGUUCAUUAACCCACCGCCGGCUGGGCAGCACCAUCACUGGGGAGCGGCCUUUACGGCGGGAGAUUUCUACAGCAGCAUGCAGCAGUACGGUGCGGUCGUUGGAGGGACCGCCCCUGGGGAGAUGGGAUUGCCGUCGGCAACGCCUCAGGCGGGACAGUUUUCCAAGCAAAACUACAACCUAUUCCGUGGUGCCUUCGAUGCGGCCUGCACCGUACGGUCGCCAGCAGUGGGACAGCAGACGGGGCCGUACCCAGCCGACCCAUAUCCUCACCAGCAGCAAGCCCGCGGGCAGCCAGUUGCGUCGCAGCAUCACCUCCAUCAUCAUCACAACGGUAUCCGGCAAGCGAGCUCGAUAGCUCCAACGCCAUCAAACGUACAGCCUGGACAGGGUUACACGCGCGAUGCUUACUACCCUGCGGCGAAUGGAAUGACCGAGUUUGGACCUGUAGCCGCCUGUCCAGACAUGAUCGGUCGACAGCAGCAGCAGCAACGUCACUCACCUCCUGGAAGCGUCCCCGGCCAGACGAUGCACUACAGCAGCAGCUUCUACAACCAGACGCCACCGUGGCGCGAAGGCAAUGGGGACACCCCGUACACUGCGCUAGAUUCGGGCAUCUUCGACGACUUUGGCGGGGCGACCGUUGCGUAGGAUCGUUUUUCGGAAGAUCGGUUGUUUUAGGUUUAAAAAGGUUUAAACACGACAGACACACAAACACACGGUGAUACAAGCGAGCAAGUGUUUUAAAAAGCAAUUCUAGACGUACAAUAACUCUGUAGGAUAGGCUUCAAAUCACGUUGUUUUUAUGCGAGGGGGUGGCGAUAGAAUCGCGAUUGUUUUUUAGUCACUGUAGUCACAAAGCAAUGGCGAUUUUAUCCCCAAAACGUAGUUAUCGGUCGUAGUUGUCAGGCAUGUUUCGUUUGUUCAAUCGUUUGCAUCGAUUUACAACCACGCUGGAACGAAUUACGAGCAGCAGUACCUUUUCUGUUGUGAUUGUUUGUUGUUUUGUUUUUCUUCUUAGAUUCAUUUUGUCUUUGUUUUCUCUUAUUCUUAAUAUUUUUACAUGUUUUCUCUUACGUUUUUAUCAUUUCUGAUGUUCCCCAAUGAUUUUCAUGUUUUUAGACACUUCUUCUAGAAUCUUACGCAGACUUUGAUGUUUAUUUUCAUAUAAUUUUUCAUAACUCACUAUUCACUUUCACUUCACCACUUGUAAUUCCUUCCAGAAUGGUUGUCUUUUUCGUAGCAAUAAACUUUUUUAUAAAACUUUUAUAUUCUGUUGAGUAAACAACUUAUUUUGCCCCUCUUAGCAGUCACAUUUUGAGCGAGUGAGGCAAAACGAUCUGUUUGCUAUCUUGUGAGGCAUAUUCCUAUAUUUUAACGCAACGAUGGUCUGAUUUAACUAGUCAAGUUAGUGAAAACAAGAUAAAGUAGUCGUACAACAACAAGCCAACAGGGAGUUAAAAUGCAGACGAUUUUGGCAUGACAUUUACACCAGUUUGGUGUAAAUCUCUGCUUAAAAAUCGACUAAUACUGGACCGAUUUGAUACAUUAAAAGGCGUUAAUUUUGCUGCUUCAAAUCGAUCCCUUCCUGUUUUGACGGUCCUGUUUGCAACAUUGCCUUCAUGAAAUACAAAGCCAUAUAUAAGUAUAUAUAUAUACAUACAUUAGCAUACACUGGACCAAAACUGGAGAGUUAUAGCGUAAUAAGUGCUCUUCGAUGAAUCAGGUGCCCGCGGGAAACUUUUAUCCAUAUACACGAGUAGGUAAGCAAUAUAUUUUUAACACGUUUUUAGUGAGCGCAGAGUAGAAGGAAAAGAAGUGAAAUAAAUUGAAUAAUAAAAAUAAAACACCGGUUAACGCCAACCAUUACCAAAAUGCAAAAAAAAAACAACACGUUUCGUAUGAAGUGAAAUCUCUCUCGCAUGAUGACCUUAUUAUGGGCUUAUUAUCCUAGCUGUGUCGUUGUUUUUGCUUUCAAUUUUAGGCGAAUAAUUUGUGAACCGUUCUAAUCGGCUGAUGCCAAUCGCAAUGUCACGCGAUUCGUUUUGCGCAUUAACACGCACACACACACACACUUAACUCCACUGUUUCAGCGUGGCCAAGCGAGUCGCCACCCCUCCGUAAAACCCCGGCCACAAAAGCUGGGGUAGUGCCACAAUGUCCAAACAAUGACUUUGAAUCGUCGAUGAAUGGGAAGGAAAUCAAACAUUCA